GGGGAGGAGAUUGUGCAAGUUGUAGGGGAGGGGGAGUGCCCUCUUCUUCCCCGCUCCCUUUCCCCCUUGCUAACUCCUUCCCCUCCUCCUUCCUCCCCCCUCCCCGCCCCCACCUCCUUCCUCCUUCGCGAAGGGCUGGUAACUUGUUGUGCGGAGCGAGCGGCGGCACCAUCCAGGCGGGCACCAUGGGCACGUCCGCGCGCUGGGCGCUCUGGCUGCUGCUCGCGCUGUGCUGGGCGCCCCGGGAGAGCCGCGCCACCGGAGCGGGAAGAAAAGCCAAAUGUGAACCAUCCCAAUUCCAGUGCACAAAUGGCCGCUGUAUCACGUUGUUGUGGAAAUGUGAUGGGGACGAAGACUGUGCUGACGGCAGCGAUGAAAAGAACUGUGUGAAGAAGACAUGUGCCGAGUCGGACUUUGUUUGCAACAAUGGCCAAUGUGUCCCCAGCCGGUGGCAGUGUGACGGAGAUCCCGAUUGUGAAGACGGCUCUGACGAAAGCCCCGAACAGUGCCAUAUGAGAACAUGCCGCAUUAAUGAAAUCAGCUGUGGCGCCCGCUCCACUCAGUGUAUCCCCGUGUCCUGGAGAUGUGAUGGUGAACACGAUUGUGACAGUGGAGAAGAUGAAGAGAACUGUGGCAACAUCACGUGUGGCCCCGAUGAGUUCACGUGCUCCAGCGGCCGCUGCAUCUCCAGGAAUUUCGUGUGCAACGGCCAGGACGACUGCAGCGACGGCAGCGACGAGCUGGACUGCGCGCCCCCGACGUGCGGCGCCCACGAGUUCCAGUGCAGCACGUCCUCGUGCAUCCCCCUCAGCUGGGUGUGUGACGACGACGCCGACUGCUCCGACCAAUCCGACGAGUCCCUGGAGCAGUGCGGCCGCCAGCCGCGGAUGCACACCAAGUGCCCCGCCAGCGAGACGCAGUGCGGCUCGGGCGAGUGCAUCCACAAGAAGUGGCGGUGUGACGGGGACCCCGACUGCAAAGACGGCAGCGACGAGGUCAACUGUCCUUCGCGAACCUGCCGCCCUGACCAGUUUGAGUGUGAGGACGGAAGCUGCAUCCACGGCAGCAGGCAGUGCAAUGGCAUCCGAGACUGCGUGGACGGCUCUGAUGAAGUCAACUGCAAAAACGUCAAUCAGUGCUUGGGCCCUGGCAAGUUCAAGUGCAGAAGCGGGGAAUGCAUAGAUAUCGGUAAAGUAUGUAACCAGGAGCAGGACUGCAGGGACUGGAGUGACGAGCCCCUCAAAGAAUGCCAUGUCAAUGAAUGCCUGGUUAAUAACGGUGGCUGUUCUCACAUCUGCAAGGACCUUGUUAUAGGGUACGCGUGUGACUGUGCAGCUGGGUUUGAACUGAUAGAUAAGAAAAUCUGUGGAGACAUUGACGAAUGCCAAAACCCGGGAAUCUGCAGCCAAAUUUGUAUCAACCUAAAAGGCGGUUACAAGUGUGAAUGUAGUCGAGGAUAUCAGAUGGAUCUUGCCACUGGUGUGUGCAAGGCAGUAGGCAAAGAACCAAGUCUGAUCUUCACUAAUCGAAGAGACAUCCGGAAGAUUGGCUUGGAGAGGAAAGAAUACAUCCAACUAGUUGAACAGCUAAGAAACACAGUGGCUCUGGAUGUGGAUAUCGCUGCUCAGAAGCUGUUCUGGGCUGAUCUAAGCCAAAAGGCCAUCUUCAGUGCCUCAAUUGAUGACAAGGUUGGUAGACAUGUUAAAAUGAUCGACAAUGUCUAUAAUCCUGCAGCCAUUGCUGUUGAUUGGGUGUACAAGACCAUCUACUGGACGGAUGCGGCUUCUAAGACUAUUUCAGUAGCUACCCUAGAUGGAGCCAAGAGGAAGUUCCUGUUUAACUCUGACUUGCGGGAGCCUGCCUCCAUAGCUGUGGACCCACUGUCUGGCUUUGUUUACUGGUCAGACUGGGGAGAACCCGCUAAAAUAGAAAAAGCGGGCAUGAAUGGAUUUGAUAGACGGCCUCUGGUGACAGUGGACAUCCAAUGGCCUAAUGGAAUUACCCUUGACCUUAUAAAGAGCCGUCUCUAUUGGCUCGACUCCAAGCUGCACAUGUUGUCCAGCGUGGACUUGAAUGGCCAAGAUCGUAGGAUUGUCCUCAAGUCUCUGGAGUUCCUAGCUCAUCCUCUCGCACUAACCAUAUUUGAGGAUCGUGUCUACUGGAUCGAUGGGGAAAAUGAAGCAGUCUAUGGGGCCAAUAAAUUCACUGGAUCAGAGCUGGCCACUCUCGUUAACAACCUUAAUGAUGCCCAAGACAUCAUUGUCUAUCAUGAACUUGUACAGCCAUCAGGUAAAAAUUGGUGUGAAGAAGACAUGGAGAAUGGAGGAUGUGAAUACCUGUGCCUGCCAGCACCACAAAUUAACGAUCACUCUCCAAAGUAUACCUGUUCCUGUCCCAAUGGGUACAAUCUAGAGGAAAACGGCCGGGAGUGCCACAGGAUCAAUGUGACCACAGCGGUAACGGAGGUCACCGUUCCUCCGAAAGGCACUUCUGCUGCCUGGGCCAUCCUUCCUCUCUUGCUCUUGGCAAUGGCAGCGGUGGGUGGCUAUUUGAUGUGGCGGAAUUGGCAGCACAAGAACAUGAAAAGCAUGAACUUUGACAAUCCUGUGUACUUGAAGACUACCGAAGAGGACUUGUCAAUAGACAUUGGCAGACACAGUGCUUCUGUUGGACACACGUACCCAGCAAUAUCAGUUGUAAGCACAGAUGAUGAUCUAGCUUGACUUCUGAGACGAGUCUUGACCUUUGAGGUCUAGACCAAUACCGUCCCCCCACUUCGGAACGGUAACCGAGCCAACACCUGAAGUCUUUCUUCCUCCAGUCUGGAAGAACAUCAAGAUAUCUUUACAUGGAUCAAGCUUGUCUACUUGACCGUUUUUAUAUGACUUUUGUAAAUAUCCCUGCCCACAUUCUACUUCAGCUUUGGAUGUGGUUACCAAGUAUCUAACCCUUGAACUUCUAGACAGUAUUGCCACAUCUGGCCAAAUAUGCACUUUCCCUAGAAAGCCAUAUUCCAGCAAUGACACUUGUGCUAUAGUGUAGACCACCUGUACAUACAUUGUAUAGGCCAUCUGUAAAUAUCCCAGAAAACAAUCACUAUUCUUAAGCACUUUGAAAAUAUUUCUAUGUAAAUUAUUGUAAACUUUUUCAACGGUUGGGACAAUGGCAAUAGGAUAAAACGGGUUACUAAGAUGAAAUUGCCAAAAAAUUUGUAAACUAAUUUUGUACGUAUGAAUGAAACCUUGGACCUCAGUGGAGGCUUGCAAAGACUGAGUGUUCAAACUACUGUACAUUUUUUUUU